AUGAAACGUCACCGGAAUUUGUCAUUACGAACAGCGGAACAAGUGAGUCAGAAUCGUGCAAAGUCUUUCAACAAAGAGAAUGUCGAUGCCUUCUUCAACAAUCUGUCGUCUGUGCUCAGUGCCACCCAGUUCGAAUCGCAUCGAAUUUGGAACAUGGACGAAUGUCCAUGCCCGACUGUGCCAACGAAAGUAGUCAAAACAAUUGCACCGAAAGGAAAAAAGCGUGUAGGAACAUCAACAUCUGCCGAGAGAGGCACAAAUGUGACUCUAGCAUUGUCCGUUAGCGCGACGGGGCAAUCAAUUCCGCCGUUUUAUCUCUUCCCACGGAACAACAUGAAAGAGGUGUACAUGACGCAUGCAACACUUGGCGCAGUUGGGUUCGCAAAUGGUUCUCGAUGGAUGACAUCUGAAGACUUCAUCCGAUAUAUGCAACAUUUCAUCAAACACACGGGCGCGAAUGCGGAUUCACCAACUCUUCUGCUUCUCGACAAUCACACGUCACAUUUGUCGAUUGAGGCCAUUGAAUUGGCAUUGAGGCACGGCAUUACCAUGAUCUCAUUCCCACCGCAUUGCACGCAUCGUAUGCAGCCGCUCGAUGUUUCGGUAUUUGGCCCUUUCAAGAACAUGUUCACCAUAAAACAUGAUGCUUGGAAGAAGUCCAACGUAGGCGUGAUUUUUGAUUUACAUCAUGUACCACUCAUCGACGACCAAUCCUUAGACGUUGCCUUGACGCCAAAAAACAUUAAGGCGGGAUUUCGAGCGACAGGAAUUUUUCCAUUCAACCCGCAAGCCUUCACGGAAAUCGACUUUGUUGCUUCGAAGUUGAGUGGCGAAAAUGCGUGUGACGAUGAUGAAGAAGAUGUCGAUAAUCAGCGUCGAAUCAUUAUGUCUGGGGAUUCAAUAUCAACCGCAGCUCAUGAAGAAAUCACGACAUCCGAACCAUCGACAAGCACUGCGGUUUCGGUCAAAGACCUCCGCCUUGCAUUGACAUCGGUAGGUCCGCUGAAACUUGGCACGCCAGUUAAGAAGUCAAACCGUGGUCGCAAGCCAAUGAAAUCGGCCGUCUUGACAUCGCCAGAAUGUGUAACCGAAAUACGUGAAAAGGCUAAGAAGAAACAGGAGAAAUUAUCGGAGAAAGGCGACACACCAGCAGCAAAGAAUCGAAAAAGCACACCAGCAACAAAGAAACUAAAAGGCCGUGGAAAACCAAAGACUCCUCUGAAGAAAAUACCGUCUUCUACUGAAACCGACGAUGAGGAAGACAUUGAUUUCUGCAUAAUUUGCAUGGAAAAUAUGCCCAAGAAGGAGAACCGCCGAAACACAGCCCAUUGCAUCGCCUGUGAUCGCGGUGUUCACUUGAGUUGCGCCGGAGAGAACCCCAAUGCAUUUACGUGUGUUCAAUGCGGUCCACAAUAA